UCGACCGAGAACCAUUUCUUCGCUACGUUUCCUCUCUUGUUACAUUGUCGUUAGUCUCAUACAAUCUUUCUGCAAUAUUCCGGCCACUGCAGUUAUAUUGCAUCUCGAACAUUCCCAUGAGUGCGACAACAUCACAGCCAAAUGAGAGGGAUUGGCUGGAGCAGAAGAACUUCAUCAGGUAUGAGUAUCUGAUCAAUAACACAUCGCUCAAGGACUUGGUAGUUUUGUUAAGGGCCCAAGGACUCUAUACCACAAAGGGUCAACUUGAGUACAAGCUUAGGACCUGGAGCUUCUCCAAGAACCUUGACAAACAGACGUGGCAGUAUGUCGAGCGGAAGAUUCGGCAGCGCAAACUGAGGGGAAAAGAAAGUGAUGUCAUACACUGUGGCAGGAGACUGCAAAAGCUCAAGAUCACGAAAGAGACGAAUCGCCACCGAGAAACGAACAUCAUGGUCCGUUUCAAAGCACCUCCACCAUCUCCGAAGAAUCCACAGCUUAGCAUUUGUACUCCACCGACUUUUCAGAUGAGUUUCGAGUGGCCGUCGUCCCUCCCGUGGCUCCGUCUACGAGAAACCUCUUGGAAUACCACAAUCAACGCUUCCAGCUCGAACGUAUUGACAGUCCAUCAAAGGGAUCAAGCCAGUAUUGCGCUAUCACUGAUGAUGCGAGUCUUGGUCCCUCAAGGCAGGCAGAACCUAUCGAUCUCGUUAUCAAAGCUGAUAACAGGCGUCAGCAAUGUUAUGCCAGAAUGGUAUCCGGGAGAACACACAAAGACUGCUCAAAAUCUAUUCGCUUGUCCAACUGCUGAAUCUCUCUCCGAAUACUUCAAGGUUAUGGUUUAUAUGUUAUCAAAUUCAAUGGUAACCGAGGACGAUAGUCAGUUGGACUUUUAUACCAGCCUUAUGAGGAUUGGUAUUAUAGACCUCCGAGCCGAUUUGAAGAAACUUCGAAACGAGAACUUGACUUUCCGAGCGUUUUUAGAGAGGCUGUUCCAGUUUGAGAUUCAAAAGGCGACUUCGCGAUUCAAACACAACACAGAGCGAUCAAUGUCAUUAGAUCUUAUCACAUGGCUCUUAGAGCUAGGUCAGGAUCCUAAUUGCUAUUGUGAGGUGGUCUUAUAUAACUAUCCAGUCUUGGCCACUCCUAUGCAGCAAGCAACCAAGGCCGGUAACCUAGAGCUUGUUGAGCUACUUCUACGCUACCACGCUUGCGCUGAUAUUCCUCAAAGUAGGACUCAUAAAGAAGCAUUUGUCAACCUGGCUUUAGAAAGUGGAUGUUCGGAUGCGAUAAAAUUGCGAGUACUGAACUUAUUGUUUGAUCAUAAGUUCCUCAACAUGGAUGAAAUGCUUCGAGCAUCAAUCGAAUUGCGCGAUGAAGCAUUGAUGUGCAAGAUGCUACAAUGUGGCGUGAAUGUCACCAGUUACGAGACUUCGUGGCUACACCCAAAACGUCGACUAGAGCUGUAUGUCCUUUCGAGAAGGUCGCGUUUUGCAAACCCGUCAGCUCUUAUGAUGGCAGUCCAGGUUGGGGGUAGGAUGGCGGAUUUGAUGCUAGACUACCUUCUGCUUAAAGGCCAGCCUGCACCUCCGAUCCUGGCAGAUGCCUGCAUAGCCGCCGCUUAUGGUGGGCAUUAUGCCAUCGUGCUGCGACUUGACGAAAUGAAUAGUUCCGGAAACUUUUGUAAUGCAGAUGGCAUUACACCUCUACAGGCAGCAGUAGUUGGUGGUAAUGCAACUGUGUGCAGAUAUCUUCUCGAACGAUACAGAGGUGCAUCAUCUUCGUUGGUGCUUGUCGCGGCUGUCUUUGUCAACAUUGAUGUACUACAAUUACUGAUCGACUACGGAGCCAACCCUAACGCCCGACUUUACACGGACGAUAUUGGAUUGUACGAUGACUUCAGCAUCCCCGGUACUCGUUUUAGUGGAUGUCCAUUGACCAUCCUCACUAUGCUACUACAUCAGGUAAAUGAUCAUAAUCAUAUUGAAAAAAGCAUCCUCAAGAUGAUUCAAAACGGAGCUGUUCUUUCUUACGGGCACGUGGCCAGGCUUUCACAGCAUUGCCUUCACGCAUGUUUGAAAGAAGCACUUAGUGCUGGCGGUGAUCCAAACGAUGACGAUGGAUACGGACGCACCGCUCUUCAAUGUGCCAUGGCUCGCCACUUCUCUGUUGGUGUUGAAGUCCAAACUGAUAGUUCUGUGCUUUUCGAUGAAGAGUUCCAAACCGAUGGUUGUCUGUCUUUCGACAAUCAAGACAAAAGAGUGGUACGACGGCUCACAGUUAAGCAUUUGAUACAAGCAGGAGCCAAGAUGACUGGUGGGGAGGUUGUUAGAGCUAUUAUUCUGCGGGAUAACCCCUUACUACUGUUUCUUUUACAACACGGUGGAACUUUGACCGAUAUUGACGAUACGGGACGAGGUUGCCUAGAGGCCGAAAUAGAGGCACGCAACGACCCAUCGCUCCAAGAAGCUCUGGAAAUGCAAGAAUUCGCGAUUGAUGCAGGGCCAUUCUGUGCGGCAAUACAACGACAGGAUUGGGCUCUUGUUGAAAGGCUUUUUGAACGGGCUCACCAACCGAUAAGCUGUCACCUCCUGGAGGGAACCGCCGUGGGAUUGGCUGCUAACGCUGGCCAGCUCACAAUCAUGGAAAAGCUUCUCACCCGAUUUUCCCGCCACUCAGUCCUAACUUCGGCCAUCCUCCCCGUCAGUUUCGGAACAGAUAAUAUAGAAGUAAACGGCAAGUACUGGGACCGAGCAGGUUUCUGGCGCACGCCCGCUGAUGAAGAAGGUGAACAUAUUCGUACCGAAGGGAGUCUUCUUACACUGGCCGCUCUAGGACAAGAUACUUCCGGUUUCAGGGAACUCCUUCGGCGCGGUUGCUAUAUGGAUACCAUAGCCUGGAGCAUUGUUGCUCAAAGUGAGAGAUCAUCCGACUAUUUGCAUUUGCUGAGAGAGUUUGGUACCGGACUCGGCACUUCUACAAAGCAAGACAUACAGUUCAAGACAGCAUUGUGCGAAGCAAUUGACAUGGGCAAUUAUGAUGUGACGCGAUACGUGGUGGAAGUGGGGGCAGAUGUCAAUGAAUUCGACAUAGAUGCACCCAUUUGGACCACAGCCAAAAAGCUAUCGCCCCUCCAGCUCGCUGCAAAGAAAAACGAUAUAGAAAUAGCACUAUACCUUCUAGAAAAGGAGGCAAAGGUCAAUGCCCCUCCAGCCUUCUACCAAGGCGCAACUGCUCUCCAAUUCGCCUCAAUAGGUGGGUACCUUGGAUUCGCGAGACAUCUACUUCAACUCGGUGCCAGGAUCAAUGUACGAGGAGCACCUGUGCUUGGCAGAUCAGCUUUAGAAGGAGCCGCAGAGAAUGGCAGGCUUGACAUGCUGGCACUACUGGUCCAUCACGGCGCUGUUACAACGGGCCGCGGUCGUCAACAAUUGAUCAAUUCUGUUGCAUACGCCCAGGGGAGAGCACACAAUACCGCAGCUGAGUGGCUGCAGGAAACCUGUGGCUGGUCUGACGCGGACCAGGGUCUUUUGGAGCUCGUUAAUGUAAAUGAUGAGUAUCCUCUCGGGGAAUGCCUCAGGUGGUAUUGUUGCGACGAGUACCACGACAGCGAUACCGAGUGCGUCUAUCACUAUACCGAGGAGCAAAGAUCGAAUCAUUAUAAAUCCUGCCAGAAGUGUUUGGAAUUCGACGCUGAAUCAGGAAAGGGACACGACAUAGAUGAUGGAAACGAAGGCAGCGUCUCAAAUGAAGAUGGGGAUACGGACUCGGAGGGCGAUGAAAAUUGA